CAGAAGGUUAAGAGUCCUGUGUUGGCCUCUGUGGCUCCCAGCCCUAGUCAGCAUGCUUACCACAGUGAAGAUGCUAGAAUUUGGUGGGGCACCGGGCCAGUAUGCACGCUACGGACGCUGGGAGGCUGGAUCAGUGGGUGAGCUGAGCUUCAGUCUAAAAACCAACAUCAGCCAAGCCUUGGUACUCUACUUGGACGACGGUGGGAACUGUGACUUCUUGGAACUACUGAUUGGUGGUGGACGACUGCAGUUGCGGUUUGCUAUCCACUGUGCUGAGCCAGCCAUUUUGCACAUGGAAACGCGAGUUAACGAUGACCGCUGGCACAUGGUCUUGCUCACCCGCAACUUUCGCGAGACCUUGCUAAUGGUGGACGGAGAGACAAAAGUGGCUGAAGUCAAGUCGAAGAGGAAGGAGAUGGCGGUUGUCAGUGACCUGUUUGUGGGUGGAAUCCCUCCUGAUGUGCGCCUCUCUGCUUUGACUUCCAGCACUGUGAAGUAUGAGCCUCCCUUCCUUGGCUUGAUCUCCAAUCUGAAGGUGGGAGAGAUGCCGCCAACUUUGUUAAAUAGCCAAGGAAUUCAGAGCGAUCUGGAGUACCUCUGUACCAAACAGAAUCCAUGCUUCAAUGGAGGGUUUUGUUCGAUUCAAUACGGAGAAGUUCACUGUGAUUGCACCCACACCAGGUUCAGGGGCAAGUACUGCAAGGAAGAUUUGGUACCAGAUUUUGACUUGAACAAGCUCUGUGAGGGCAUAGCCUUUGGUGCAUGA